AGGUGGCGCUCGCCCGGCGCGUCGUAAAAGCUGCUCCGGCGACCGGCGAGCGCCUCAGUCGGUGACUAUCCGCCGAGGAGCAAAGGCCUGGUGGAACAGUGUUUACGCAGCUCCAAGCUUUUUUCUCCUUCCCUCCCGUGGCGCUUGCCGUGUGUUUGUUUUGAAGAGGAGCGGGCAUCACGCGGUUACAUCGAACCAGUGCGUUGGCUUGUUGUGUCUCGUCGUCCAUCAUGUCGAAUCAGCGACACUCCUCGGAGAAUGCGCCCGUGAAAGAGUGCGACUCCGGCUUCGUGUCCUGCACGAUAAAUAUGCGUGAUAACUGCUCGACGAGGGUGGCCCAGUUGCCGGAAAGCAUGGAUCAGCCGAUGGAUCUCGAAGACGAUUUAGCGGAAGCGAGCAAUGUCGAUCAAGCUCAGCUGGACGACUCUCGUACAGUUAUCGCAAGUCCCAAUGUCAGUUGGACGACGAGUGCUCGGAACUCCGAGGUGCAACCACCACAGCAGUCACCAUUGAGCACAAAACCAGUGCAGUACUUCGCGCAAAAUGGAGACGGAGACACACAGCUGCAUCUGAGCGUUUACGGCGGAUACACCGACUUGGCGCUGUGGCUUAUCGACAACGCGCCACACUCCACUUUGUUGGACAUUAAAAACGACGAUUGCUUGACAGCCCUUCACAUCGCUGCAAUGUCGAAGCAAGCCAGUGUCAUCCGAAGACUCGUUCUCGUUGGCGCUGACAUUACCAUCACGACGCCAAAGUAUCAUCCCUGCACGUCGCCAGGCAAUGCUGCCAUUCACAUGGCUUGCGAGAUGGAUGACUUGGACAGCGUCAGAGCUUUGACCGAGCCUUUAACUCAACAGGAGCAAAGCUGGUUGGCGGCCUCUGAUAGGCUGCCGCCUGUUCUCGGCAGAGAUCUGGAGCUUCGAAACUACGACGGCGUCAAUCCUAUGCACAUGGCCAUCAAGAAGGGAAACCUGCAGAUUGUCAGGCAUUUGGUAAAAGUUGGCGCAGAGGUGAACACCUACGACCCCCGUUCGGGUUUGACCAGUUUCCAUUUGGCUAUCGAAAACCACCGACGGGACAUCGUGGAGUACUUGGCGAUAGAGCACAGCAGCUGCUUGAACGUGCCCACGCGAAGUGGUACAUCGUCUUUCGAGAUUUGCUACAACGUCGACAAGCAAUUGGCAGACGAUUUGGUGCGAUGGGGCGCCGCGCCGAUCGUUCGAGAAUCGGAAUCGGACUGCUCCGAUAGCGAAUCUGACAGCGACAGCGACCAAAGCAUCGAAAUCUUACUCGACUACAUGUCGGUGAGCGACGUCGAUCGUUACACGAAAAAUCAGUGUGUGCGCGUUUAGUUUCGUUAUACUCGUCUUGUUGAUAACGAUCAUUGACGUACUCGUUCGAGUGAACAACCAGUUGUCGUGCCUUAGUGGACUAGUAUUUUUUGACAGUUGUUGCAUUUUGCUUGAUUUUAUCGUUUGCAAAGAAAGUAUUGCCGGGUGACUGUACGGCUGUGAUUUUUACUUCUGUACAGUGACAUAAUUUGUUGUACGACUUAGAAUUAAAAUAGCUUUUUUUUUAAUUCAAUUUGUAAAGAUUUUGUGAAUUAUGAUAUUGCAAAUCACUUUUUAUAUCUGAUACUGAUUUUAUCGCGAUGUUUGCACGACAAUGGUAGCAGCAAAAAGUUCUUUUUUUAUCAAUUCAUUAAAAUAUUAUGUUUCAAUAUUUAUAAUUCACGCAAUUUUAUUCCCAAACUUUGUAAAGAUGCAUAAGCGUGUGCGUCAGAAAUCAAAUUAGAAUCAUUUUCCUUAAAAAAAAUGCUAUUUUUGAAAUGUUUUCUAGCCAAAAUCGGUAUUAGUCACUACUAUUUAUUAAGAAUUUCUUGAACGUUGGAAGCAAUGUAAAAAAUUUUACAAGACUGAGUUGUUAAUUAACAUUCAGUAAUGAAUAUGUGUAUAGUACUUUUUAUAUAGACUAAAUGAAUUUUGUAAAGUGAAUAUUGUUUUAUAUAUAAGUACAAAUCUUAUAAAAUGUUAUCGUAAAUUCUAACGCAAUAUGUGCUUUUAUGGCUUACUUAGUUAUUACUUUACAUUUCAUUAGGAUUUCGUAUCAUAAUAAAAAAUCAUUAUUACCUGCGAACUUCUGUUCCAUUUGAUCAAUCUUAAACGUACGUACAUACACAAUUUUAUUAAAAACCAAUUUUAGAUCAUCUUGUUUCUGCUUUUUUCUUCAAAUUUUCAAUUUGAAUUACAUAUAAAAAGCUACGUCUUAAAUGAAAUAACUUUAUUUUAAAUAAGAUAUAAAAGCAGUUUUAGUUUUUUAUUCAAAACCUAUUUAAAGUACACAUUUAAAGUAAUCUGAAUAUUCUUUCAAGUUAAUUUUGCCAUUAAUUUUUCAAAUUGAUUAUAUAAUUUUAUAACUACAACAUAGUAUCAUUUCAUACCAUUCCUUUAAUAUAUGACAUACUCGUAAUAAUAAUUAAUAUAUUCUGAGUAAUCAGAGCAUAAAAUAAGGAGAGAACGUUUGUUAGUCAACGAAGAUGAAAUCAGGUGUUGUGAAAUUGAAAUAGACAGUGUUAUUUAUUGAGAUAAAUAUCUGAGCACCAAUUGACAUUUUGUGUAUCAUAUACGUGAAAAUUAGGAUUGAAUGAAUAAACCAAUAAAAGCCAUUCAUAUCUCGUGUACUAGUGUAACUUUAUUGUGCUUAAUGUAACGUUUACUCAAACUCGUAAAACAUAUAAAUGAUUUCAGUUAUCUUAGAAAUGAGCAAAAAUAAGCUUUACUUCGAUCCAUCGUAAUCAUUAUGGCUUUUUUCCUUCAUACGCCGAACUUACAGUUCAUAUAGUAUUAACAACUGAUUUCGAAUUUGAAACCACUAAAAUAAAUUAAAUUUUACGAACACAAUAGUCAAAGACUUAUUUCUGCCUUUAUGAUGUGGUGAAUAUUUCAUAAAACAAUAUCUGCAUGUUUUCACGGAAACGUGAGAUAUUGCUUGACAAGGGAAUUCAUAUAAAAUUCCUUUUACCACUAAUGUAAUCUAGUGGUAAAGAUAAAAGUUGCCUCCCGAUAAAAUUAUCUUUCAAAAAUAUCUGUUAACGUAUACCUUCAAAGCAGUAAUCAUAUUUUAUCUGUAAAGCAUGUUCUUUCACGGCACAAAUAGUUUUAAACAAACAGCUGUGUAGGUAAAAAGAAACAAUAUCUGAGGAUACUUGUUAAAAUUCAAUACAACUCAAAACUUAGUUACUUAUUAUAUAAAAAAGUAUAAAUUUACAAAUAUAAAGCAUUUUAAUCUGAAAGUUGAACAAAUGCAAGAAACCUUUUCUUACAAUAUCAAAUACUGGCAUAUCAUGUUAUUUGUAGAUUGAACGAUGCUAUACUUAAUAGCACAUGAUAAGAUGAGUAAAUGUAAGUUUAAAUUUAUAAAAUACAAUUUAUAAAAGUUAAUAAGUGUACAAAAAUCACUGGAAAUCAAUUAAAAAUUUUUAAAUGCUAGCAAAUAUUUUUUUAAUAGUAACAUUUAAAAGGAUUAUCAAACGUUAUUUU